CUAUUAUUGGCGAGACGUUACCCGACAGCGCUCACGCGGCCGGCCAUUGGCCGGGCGCGUCCAAGGCCGUGCCUACGUCACGUCAUGGCGGCAUAGCAGACGGACGGGUUCACGCGCAGCUGUAUUUUGACCGUUUUGCCGUGCGGGGGUGGAAGGGUCGCGCGCUGCGAUGAGGACGGCGCAUGGUGUUGUCGUCUCGCGAGUUAUUGCGGCGAGUGUCAGCGCGUUUCCACACUCGCGACGGUGUUACGUGCACGCCAGCCGUGCCAAGGCACGCGAUUAGACUCCGCUUGGCUUGGCUGCCACACUUCGACGCGCGCGCGCGCGCGCGGGCGCGGGCGCACACGCGGAAUCGCAGGGAGAGACACACCGAGUGAGCCUCCCGUUUGUCGUGUCAUUGACUCAGGGCGAAGUGUCAAAAUCUGACCCGUUUUCCGCCCGUUUUCCCUCCCUGUCAUCGCGAGUAAUAUUAAACACGGUCCGUGAAUAAUUUCGCCGCCCGGCGGAUCCUCGUCACUUGGCCGACGGAAGACUCCGACUCGCUCCGACCGAGGGACAACACAGGACGGGCGACUACGGUGGGCAGGAGCGUGUAUGUACGCUAUACAACAUUUUGAUGUUAAAGGCUGAAUAAUGCUUGAACGAUACGAAUAAAUAUAUAAUACUGCAAUUUUGGCGUCGAGACACAUACCAAAAAAACGUAAUAACCAUGUAUUCAAGAUACAUUUAAUCAAAUUUUAUUGUCAGUGAUUAUUAUAUUUGGCGAGGUUGGAGAGUAAUGCCGGUUCAUCAGAUUAAUGUUAAUCCGCCUGAUUGGCAACCACCAUUGUCAAUUAGUCCUUCCAAUAAUACGAGUCCCGCUGGUGGAGAAGCUCUAUCAGAAUGGAUACCACAGAAUUUUGCUUAUGGUACAGUAGUUACUAUCAUACCAGAUGAUUGCCACUCAUCCGUCAGCACAUUGUCUUCGACUAACCAUGAUAUUUGCAGGAUCUGUCAUUGCGAGGGUGAGGAAGGUGCCCCUUUGUUAGCACCUUGCUAUUGCAGUGGCAGUCUGCGCUACGUGCAUCAAGCUUGUCUUCAACAAUGGAUAAAAGCUUCAGACACGCGCGCCUGCGAAUUGUGCAAAUUCACAUUUAUCAUGCAUGCCAAGACAAAACCGUUUUGCGAGUGGGAGAAGCUCGAGAUGUCCGCGCUGGAAGUGCGGAAAUUAUGGUGCGCAGUCGCUUUUCACGCUGUAGCCGCGCUCUGCGUGGCAUGGUCGUUAUAUGUACUCGUUGAACGAUCCGUAGAGGAGGCCCGACGCGGAUUCGUCGACUGGUCCUUCUGGACCAAAUUGAUAGUCGUCGUGAUUGGUUCUACUGGCGGAUUAGUUUUUAUGUAUAUUCAAUGCAAAGCGUAUAUUACAUUAUGCAGAAAGUGGCGAGCAUUUAAUAGGGUGAUAUUUAUUCAAAAUGCUCCCGAGAAAGUGGUGCUUCCUUCCUCACCUACGGACUCUUUAAGAGAAGUUACCCUACCUUUGAAGGACCCAACUGCCUCGGUGGCUGAGCUCAACCGCACUCUGUUACCCCGUACCAUAGAUCCUCCAUGUGCCUCGCAAAUGGCGAAGCCCGAUUCUACCGCGCCACCGCAGAGGCACGAUGCUCAACUGAAACUUUACGUAUUCGACAAAUUGUCUUCGUCCGAGGACAAUCUAUAAUACUUCGGAGACGGAAACGGUCGUUAAAAAAAUCCGUGCGUUUGGAAGGUGAUUAGCCAAAUUUCACGGUUCGGAGUUAUGGAGCGCGUCCUGGACGCGUGGAACCGAAUAAUUUUCAAACUAUACGAUUUCGUAACUCGGAGCGGAAUUAUCCUUGUCGAAGUCGUUAAAUAUCCGCCCUUGUACGCAGCACCUUUUUUCCCCGAAACUUAGUACUUCAGUGCUUACAGUGUUGACAAGUGAGAUAGAGACGGAAGCGGACAGCCCGAAAAUGCUGGCGCUUUCUUAUGUACAUAAUUAUUGUAUCUGUGAUGUUAUUAAAUAAACUUUACCAUAUUUAAACGA